AAACAUGCUCUUGCCUGCACCUUACAGCAGCAGCAACAGCAUCCACCAUAACCGUGUAUCGGAGUGAUCGAAUGUGUUUUCAAGCAAGCAAUCGAAGCAAGCCAUAAAAUGCGUCUUUCCGCUCGCAUUAAGUGUUUCAAGUAUUUAGUGUACGCGUACGUGAUUCUAAUAUCGAUAUGCGGCGGCGCACAGCUGGUAAUCGGAGCAUUCCUUUUAUGGACCCAUAAGCAGUACUCCCCGAUCGUCAAGAAUCAGUUCUGGGAACCAUUUGCCGUACUUAUAGGGCUCGGGGUGAUCUCUCAGGCACUAUGCUAUCUCGGCUGGACGUCGGCAAGCCGGAAGCAGCGAUGUUACUUAGGAACGUUCUGCGCAUUUUUAGUGCUGUUUAUUGUGAUCUUAUUCUUAGUAAGUGGCUGGUCGGUGGCGACCAAGGCGCAUCUCAUCACCCCCGCCGAACUGGCUAUAGAAACGAGUUUUAGCGAGUUUCUGGCAAAAGACAACACGAAUGAUCAGACACACAUCUGGAAUCGGUUGCAGCGGGACUUUCACUGCUGUGGCUGUAAUGGAAUCCAUGACUACAAAAAGAACAAACAGAUGGGCUUCCCGUGGUCCUGCUACGAUCCGAUCGACACGAAGGUCUUCAAUACCGGCUGUAUGCACGUGUUCGUGAAGAGCAUCGAAAUGAACAUGAUCCGUGUCGCUGUGGUGGCGAUUGCCUCCGCCCUGAUACAGAGCCUUGGUAUAUUCUGCGCCAUCCAGCUGACGAUGUUACUGCGAACCAGACCGACCCUAAUGCUGCCAAACGGAGAAAACCAUUCGAUCCGAGUAAAGCGGACUCGCGAGAUGACUCCUCUUUCACCGGCCAUUAUUGGUAACCCGACGCCACACAGCAGUACAAAACCGCCGAUUGCGCUAAAACCCGUCGUGCCACGUGUAGAUCCACCUGUCAUUAAGCCGUCUCAUUGAACUGCAGGAGCUCGCACGCGACUCACGUGUGCGCUAUGAAUCCCCUCCCCGUGCCCAUAAGCAUUAUUUUAUUAUUAUCAAAACGCGAUAUCGAUGACGUCGUGGUAGAUUUUACGAAACACAAGUACGCAGUGUUUUGGCAUUUCGUUUAUUAUUUUUAAACCAUUCGUCCAUAGCCGUUAGAGUGGAGUUAGGAGGACGGGUAAACGUACUUAAAUUCCGCGCUUUAAACUAUAACCGUAAGAAUACACCUUUGACGAACGCAUAGUUGUAAUGGUUGAUGAGCACAAGCAACGAUCGAAUACAUUUAUUAUUACGGUAGAUAUUGUAAAAAUA